AAAACUUAUUGAAACAAAAGGACCACACUCAAGCCAAAGCCACUUCGGCUAUUCAUAGCCCACCAGUUCACCACCCCUCCAUACCAGAACCUCCCAACCACUCAACAAUGUCCGCCGCCGCCGCCACCACGGCCACGGUCACCAACCUCUCGUCUCUCUCUUCCUCACAGACCAAACCCUACUCUCUCUCUCCGAACACCCCCUUCUCUCUCUUCCCCCCCACCUCCUCCCGAACCCACAGAACCCUGCUCACGACCGCCUCCAAGAACCCAAUCUCCCGCAUAACCUCCACAAACAAAACAAACCCAGAUCACCAAUCGCUCUCAAUUUACUCCGACGACGACGACGACGACUACUACGAUGAUAAGCCAAGGGAGGAGUGCGGCGUGGUGGGUAUCUACGGCGACCCUGAGGCCUCGCGCCUGUGUUACCUCGCCCUACACGCGCUCCAGCACCGCGGACAGGAGGGCGCCGGAAUCGUUGCGGUUAACGGCGACGUCUUGCAGUCGGUCACCGGAGUUGGGCUUGUAGCCGAUGUUUUUAACGAGUCGAAGCUGCGGCAGCUUCCUGGUGGUUUGGCUAUUGGUCACGUCAGGUACUCCACCGCCGGCUCCUCCAUGCUCAAGAACGUCCAACCCUUCGUGGCCGGUUACCGAUUCGGGUCCGUCGGCGUCGCCCACAAUGGCAAUUUGGUCAAUUACCAGUCCCUCCGUGCCAUGCUUGAAGAAAAUGGCUCAAUUUUCAAUACCAGUUCUGAUACAGAGGUUGUCCUUCACUUAAUAGCAAUAUCGAAAGCUAGACCAUUUUUCUUGAGAAUUGUUGAGGCUUGCGAGAAGCUCGAAGGAGCCUAUUCGAUGGUGUUUCUAACAGAAGAUAAAUUGGUUGCGGUUCGAGAUCCUUAUGGGUUUCGGCCAUUGGUAAUGGGUAGAAGAAGCAACGGGGCAAUAGUUUUUGCUUCUGAGACCUGUGCACUUGACCUAAUUGAGGCCACUUGUGAGAGAGAAGUCCAUCCUGGUGAAGUUUUAGUAGUGGACAAAGAUGGGAUUCAAUCCCUUUGUCUAAUGCCACACCCUGAACCCAAAGCUUGUAUAUUUGAGCACAUAUAUUUUGCUCUCCCAACUUCUAUUGUUUUCGGACGGUCAGUGUACGAAUCUCGCCGGGCAUUUGGCGAAAUACUAGCCAUUGAAGCCCCUGCCGAUUGUGAUGUAGUGAUCGCUGUGCCCGAUUCUGGGGUGGUAGCUGCACUUGGUUAUGCCGCGAAAAUUGGGGUGCCCUUUCAACAAGGGUUAAUUAGGUCACACUACGUGGGAAGAACUUUCAUUGAGCCAUCGCAGAAAAUUAGGGAUUUUGGGGUGAAGCUCAAGCUUUCGCCGGUGAGGGCUGUAUUGGAAGGAAAAAGAGUUGUGGUUGUGGACGACUCGAUCGUGAGAGGGACGACUUCUUCGAAGAUCGUGAGGUUGUUAAAGGAGGCGGGGGCAAAAGAAGUUCACAUGAGGAUUGCUAGUCCACCGAUUAUAGGGUCGUGUUAUUACGGAGUGGACACGCCAAGUACAGAGGAGUUGAUUUCAAAUAGGAUGAGUGUUGAGGAAAUUAGGGAGUUCAUUGGGCUGGAUUCGCUUGCUUUUUUGCCGUUUGAUAGCUUAAAGAAGUUGCUGGGAAGCGACUCUAACAACUUUUGUUAUGCUUGCUUUUCUGGGAAGUAUCCGGUUGAGCCGACGGGGAAAGUGAAACGAGUUGGCGAUUUCGUCGACGAUGGGUUGAAUGGAAGUAUAGGUUCAAUUGAUGGGGGUUGGAUUCAAGGAACUAGAGUGCAGGAGGGAAAGACAAGUACAGAUCAGAAAAUGGAGGAGGAAACUGUUUCACUAUAGUUGCUAUGUAUGUUGCUCACAAUUGCUUCUGAUUCACUGUUUUUUAUUGCUUUUUGGGAGGUGGGACACUAGAGGGAAGGGACAGAUUCAGAUCAGAAAGUGGAGAAUGCUUCUUCUGUAUUGUUUAUCGUUUUUGCUAACCUCGGCCCAUUUAGGUAAAUGGGCUGUGGAUAAAUCACACCUAAUUCCAAAAAAAGUCUAGAGAAUUUCAAUGUAUUUUUCUACGGAUAUCAAUGCACUUUUCUAGAUAUUUAUACAUCUUUCACAUGUAUUGAUGAA